UUCACCAUGACAGAGGAGGGAGAUGUUGAUCAGAAUGCGGUUAUAAGAAGUAUUCUGGAAAGCAUGAUGUCUGGAGAAAUCAACCCAAGGAGUGUGCCUACUGAUAAUAUGGCCCAACUGCUAGCUGCAGCCAUUGCACAGGCAGGACAGAACAUUGUAAAUGUACAAGUAUCUUCCCAAGCCCAGCACAGUGACACUUUUCAAACUGAACACUCAAGCGAAAAUGAAAGUUUCGAUGUUAACUCUUUAGUCGUUAACGUCGACAGUGUAGACCAACUGGAUGAACACACUCUCAAUAAGCAACGGAUGCUGUGUGUCAAGUUACCAAUUGAGCUGCGUAGACGGAUAAUAGCCAUGAGGAAGGAUGGGAAGAGAUGCCGUGAGAUAGCCAAAGAGCUCAAGGUCUCUGUGAGUGGAGUACGCAAAGUGUGGGAGCGAUUCCUAGCCACUGGGAUGGUUCAUGAUCGAAAGCCAAACUCCGGACGCCCACGCAAGUACACAGUUCCAUCAAACUAUGAGUUGCAAUACAAUGCGAGCGAGAGUAUUGUACAGACAGACGUUGAUUCUCCUCAUAUUGAGUACGUGACCAUCUCUGACUCUAGUAAUGGAGAGACUAUGGCCUCUGCUGGUGUCAAUAUGUCGGGUGAGGGUAGUGUGCUUGUUGAGGGACCUCUCGAUGUGCCUGGAGCCAUGGUGGAGAUUGUGGAAACUGAGCCAGGACCAAUGGCUACCCCUCAGGGCAAAGCAAAGAGACAACCACAAGUUUAUAGAGAGGAGCUACUCUUGAGGCUGAUUGAGAAUUGCCCACUAUGUGUUGUACGUGAGGAUGCAACCAAGACUGACAGUCUUCAUGUGCUCAAUCUGAGCUCCAUUUCAAAGCGACCAUUGUACAUGGAGAGUGCUCUCGGUUAUCCAUUUGGGGCAAUUCCUUCUCCCAAACCGUUUGCCUGUGAUAGUGAUGAGGCUCAAGUCAUUUUAUCAGACCCCCUGAAUCCACUGGGGAAAGAGCUCUUAGCAUCUCUUGGCUACAGUACAAAGGUGUACUUCAACAUGUGUUGCAGGCCCAGUCCUCUGUUUGAUCCAGACAAGGUUAUCUCUGAUCUGCCCUUCUCUCUAGGACCUGGAAACAUUGCCGAGACAACACAGUCAGUACUGCAACUCCUAGUGAACCUCUGCAAGGACCCAGUGGCUGCCUUAGCGCACGUUCCGAGUGGUAAUGGGCCCAGUAUCGUGGCUAAGUCGUCCGAAACCGCCAUGUCGUCUAUUCAACUUGGAGUGCCGAAAAAGUUGUCGAGUUAUUGGAGCAUGCUAUUUCAAUGUGUUUCUGAUUUGAGGUGCUGUGAAAACUUCCUUUCAGCCACACCACCGUCAGCUCCUUGCCUCCUCUGCCACCCCUAUCAGGACCUAGUGAAAAAUUUGGAGAUCAGAGAACCACAAGGAGAUGAAAUAUGGCCAAAAGCCCUUCGUUGUUCAGAUCAACUGACGCCAACAGAGCUAUCUUCUCCUUCAAUGGAAACAGAUCUCCUGGCACAGGUCGAGCGUAAGAAAGGAAGACGAAAGAAGAGCGCCUCUGAAGAUCAACUCAUAAUUGAUGGCCAGUUUGAAGUGCCUCCAUCAAUCGACGAGCCAUCCAGUGAAGUUACUACAAUCAACGUACCUCCUACCUCUUCAGUAGCUGUACUGACAACAGAGUCUGAUCUAAUACCACUCAGAAUCGUUGGUAUGGUACCGAUGCCACCUCAAGUCUCUGUGAGUGAACAGCAGUCCACAAGCCCCAGCUCAAAGCAUCAAACUCCAAUAACUACACAAAAAGACAAAAGCCAACUGGAUUCCUUAGAAAAGAAGUCUCCAAAAGCUUCCCCUUCAGCGCUACGGUCUGAAACUGUGGAGACACCUCAACAAACAGAUACAGCAAAACAGUUCCAGAUUGUCCGUCGCAGUCUACGAAAGAGAACACCUAAGAAAACUCCACCACUGAAGUCCACAUCAGCCAAAAUAAAGACAAAGAAUCAAAAGAGCACUAAUCCACUGCCAAACACUGACAAUAAAAACUCUUCCUCAACAGCAACUCCGAAGAAAAGUAAACGAUCGAAAGGCGUGGCUACUCCAUGGCAGGAGAAGCAAGAUCUAAUGAGCUGGAGUGUGGAGGAUGUCGUCGCGUUUGUGGCCAGUAUACCACGUUGCAACUACUCCUCUACCUUCAAGGAACAUGAAGUGGAUGGGGAAUCGUUGUUGUCCCUGAAUGCUGAGAUGAUGGUGAAGCUGAUGGGUAUCAAGACAGGCCCAGCACUCAAGAUAUGUGGGAAGAUCAGUGAACUAAAGGGACUCAAUUCUUAGCCCAUUUGUGAUGUUCUUGAACGUUAAUAUUGAAAUUCAUCAUUCACCAUUUAAUAAUUAUUUAAUGUAUCGAUUAUAAGUAACACCUAUUAAUAAUAGAUUGUAAUAUUAAAAUUUA